AUGGCAUAUUACAACCCCCUCCACGCUCCAGUCGUCACCACCCAACACUCCGGCUACAGCGCACUUACCGGCGCUAUGUCCGACCGCUCUUCCGCACCCGGCGCCAGCCGCAAACGCCUACCCCAACCGCCGUACACACCUUCCUCCAAAUGGCAAAAUGCCACCGGCCGCUCGAGCGCCGUCCACUCCGCGGUCUCCUUUGACUACAAAGGGUACAGCCGGCAGGGCGUGUCGAUGCGCGACUUGAGUACGCGGAACCUGUCCGUGCUCUCGUCGAUGAUGGCCGGUGGUGAGGAUAGGGUGUUCGCCCAGUCAGGGCUGGCGAGGAUCACCUUCCGUAUUUUGUGGCCUGGCUAUUCAGUUGACUGGGCACGCACGAUCGAGCUUAGCGCCGACGGCCCGAUCACCCGUGCGCGCUUAGCACAAGUCAUCGCCCAGAACUUCUCUCGCUUCAUGGAGGUGCAUCGUAACGACAAAACAACGGUGCCCGAAUUUGCCAUCUCGCCCACCGGCCUUCGCUUCGAUCACCUCGUCCUCGUAUCGUUGAACAACGUCUUCGAAGAUUCAUGGCAGGCCGACGUAGUCAUUGAUCUGCGAUAG